AUGCGGGCGCGAUGCAGGCGCGAAGCGAUCGUUGCGCUGGAUGCUGCCUCUGCAGAUGCUGAUGUUCGCACGUAUUCGCAUCAAUACUCGAAUAUCCCACAAGCAGGCAUGCAGUUUAAUACAUCAUCGACGUCUAUCUUCAGCUCCCGGAGAACAGACGAGAUGAGCCUGGAUACAAAUUCAUCCAGCGGAUCUCGAACUUCGAGCACAAAGCAUGGCAGGGCUCAGUACAAGAUUAUCGAGCACGCCGAGGACCUUGACAGAUAUUGUCCAGGAGGAUAUCAUCCUAUACAAAUUGGGGACGACUUGGAUGAUGGCCAAUAUCGACUCGUUGACAAACUUGGUUACGGAGGAUAUUCGACUUUAUGGCUAGCCCGCGACCUACGAAGGGCCAGAUAUGUGGCGGUGAAAGCAAUUACCGCUGAUGCCAGUGCUUACACACCCGAACUAGUCUAA